AUUUACUCUAGUCGCCCUGCGCUAUCGAAACUUUUUCGGACUUCACCCCAGGCUGCGAGAUAGCACAUCUGCGCUGUCUUCGAGAUGUCUGCUCCGAGUCCCAUCUGUCUGCUCUGUCAGACCAGGGUCAAUAUCCUGCGGGGCCCUGUUCUUCCUCCAGGAUGGCAGAGCUCGAGGUCGAUGGCUUCUGCCAGGCUGCGCCGCAAGCCAGCAGCACGCAUGGCGCUGUCGCCCAGUGUCUCAAAGGACACUUUGAAGCCGUCACGCGGUCGAGAAAAGCCUGGACCAUGGGGUGGCAUGAACCAGACGCAUGCGAAUAUUCCGGGAACACCACGAGCGAGGUCGCAGGCAGAGAUUAAGCGCUCCUACGCCGGACGGGAGGCGAAACAGCCGGAGAAGAAAGAAAGUCCAUUGUACAAGGCGCUGAAGAUGCAGACCGCUCUGGCGCCGGUGACAUACCGCCAGAGGACUACAGUCAAAGAGAGGAUAUCGGAGAUUACGAGCUUCGACAAAUUUCAGCUCUUACCAGCUGUGCGCGAUGCGAUCUUCUCUCAGGCUCUUCCGGGACUUGUGGACGUAACGCCUACGCCGAUCCAGCGUCUGGCGAUUCCUGCUCUGCUUGGGACGGAUAUCAAAAAGAAGCCAACAAAGAAGCUGGAUGAAGGGGAGCUUGGAUUCGAGCAGUUUCUUCUUGCAGCGGAAACUGGAUCUGGUAAAACUCUUGCAUAUCUGGUCCCGACUAUCGAUGCUGUCAAACGGCAAGAGGCUGUUGAGAAGGAGGAAACAGAGAGACGAGAGAAGCAGAAGGCAGAAGAAAAGGCGCAGAGGAUGAAAAACAGUGCCUUCGAACUUGAGCCGCCUGAAGUCGAGACCGAUUCUGAUGCUGGUAGACCCAGGGCCAUCAUUCUGCUUCCAACGUCGGAGCUGGUCGAACAGGUUGGCUCAAUGGUGAAGGCAUUCUCCCAUACAGUGAAAUAUCGCUCAGGCAUGAUUUCGUCGACAUAUACCCCUCGAAGAAUCCGAAAUAUUCUCUUCAAUCCGAAUGGAAUUGACAUUCUCGUUGCCACACCACAUCUGCUAGCGUCCAUCGCGAAGACCGAUCCCAACGUACUCAGCCGAGUGACGCAUCUUGUCAUCGAUGAAGCGGAUUCCCUCAUGGACCGAUCUUUCGCUCCGACAACAAGCGAGAUCAUCGACAGAACUGCGCCUUCGCUCAAGCAGCUCGUUUUCUGCUCCGCCACUAUUCCUCGCAGCUUUGACUCCCUCCUACGCAAACGCUACCCUGAUGCCCGUCGACUGACGACUCCCAACUUGCACGCUAUUCCCCGUCGUGUGCAACUGGGUGUUGUCGAUAUCGAAAAGGAUCCAUACCGUGGUAACAGGAAUCUUGCAUGUGCCGACGUCAUAUGGUCGAUUGGCAAAGCCGGUGAUCCAUCCGACUCUCUUGGACAGUAUUCAUCGUACGCCGGUAGCAAGGACAAGAAAAUACUUGUGUUUGUGAAUGAACGUGAACAAGCCGAGGAAGUGGCGAAAUUCCUGUCGUCAAAGGGCAUCGAUGCAAUUGCGUUCUCUCGUGAUUCCAGUGAUCGCCGCCAGGCAGAGAUCCUCUCGGAUUUUACUACUACGACCCCUCCCCCAUCGCCAGAGGACAUUAUGCUCGCCCAGAAGAAGCGUCGCCUUGAAGAUGCCGUCCCCUUCGAACUCCCGGAUCGGGGUCAGCAAGAGGGACCUUCGCGUACACUGCCCAACACCAAAGUUCUCGUGACGACAGACUUGGGAUCUCGUGGCAUUGACACCCUUGCAGUCAAGACCGUCAUCCUGUACGAUGUCCCACAUAACACCAUCGACUUCAUCCACCGCUUGGGACGUGUCGGCCGCAUGGGCAAGCGUGGCCGUGGAAUUGUUCUUGUCGGCAAGAAGGACCGCAAAGACGUUGUGAAGGAAGUCCGUGAAGCUAUGUACAGAGGACAAGCUCUGAUAUAGAGCUGCAUAUGUGAUUCGGAACUGUAUAAUCUACGACGUGCAUAUAGAUCGGCGUUGGUGGACCUUACUCUUUUGGAUGUCCAUCCGUACCAGGGACGGUACGGCUGAAAAAAAUCAAUACCCAGCUCAAAUGAAUACAUACGACAAAUCAUGUAUAAUAUAUUGUAUAGUCACAUGAACAUAGGAAAGGAAAUUCAGUUUCAAUCAUUUC